AUGAUUGUGGGCACUUAUAAGAUAAGGGGAGGCGGCAGUAAGAUCAAGAGGAAAAGGAUUAGUAGCAUUAUUCGAGGUGGGAAGGCAGACAUGUUUCUCAUUCAAGAAACUAAAAUGAAGGAGGUUUCAGUUUUGUUGGAUAGCAGUUUUUGGGAGAAGGAAGACAUUGGUUUCUCUUAUUCUGCGGCGAACGGAAUGUCGGGAGGUCUUUUGACUAUUUGGAAGAACUACUCGGUCACGGUAGUAGCGAGUUUUUCUGGCGAUGGAUAUCUCGGCAACAAAGUCUUGUGGAAUGGAGGUACAUACUAUAUUGCUAAUAUUUACUCUCCUUUUUCUGUUCGUGCUAAACGCAUAUUAUGGGAUCGUUUGUUGGAACUGAAACAUAUUCAUAAAGAUGGUGAAUGGAUCUUUGGGGGAGAUUUCAAUGCGGUUAAAAAAAGGAGUGAGAGAGUGGGUUUAUCUUCGGGAGGAAACUAUGUGGAAUACAGGGAAUUUUCGGAGUUCAUUGAUGAAAGUGGUUUGAUGGAUGUUCCUAGCAAAGGAAAGAAGUUUAGAUGGUAUAGUGGCGAUGGCAAAUCUAAGAGUAGAAUCGAUAGGUUUCUUGUGUCUAACAACAUUGAGUGGUCGGAUUUGAAGAUACAAGGAAGAGGGGACUUUGUUAUGAAAGAGAAGCUCCGUCUAAUUAAGGAUAGGAUGAGAUGGUGGAAUAAAAAUGUCUUUGGCAAGUAUGAUAUGGAGGUGGAGGAAGGAAUUAGGGAUUUGAACGUUUCGGACGAUAAUGAGCUAUGGGAUGAAGAGGUGCAUGCUAGAAAAAGAAGGGCUAGUAAGAAAAUAUGGUUGAACCUUAAGAUAAAAGAGAAUGUGCUUAUUCAAAAGGCUAGGUUAAAGUAG